AUGGGAUGGAACACUUGGAACAAAUACAACUGCCAGAUUAGUGAGGAUAUCAUAAAGUCAAAUGCAGACGAAAUUGUCAAUCUAGGUCUUGACAAACUUGGAUAUGUUUAUGUAAACAUUGAUGACUGCUGGUAAAUCAAAGAUAGAGACGCCCAGAAUCACGUUUAAUACGACAAGACUAAAUUCCCUAAUGGAAUGAAGGCAAUUGGAGACUACCUGCAUUCUAAAAAUCUUAAGUUUGGAAUCUACUCCUCAGCUGGCACAAUGACCUGCUAAUAAAGAGCUGGAUCUCUAGAUUUUGAGACAAUCGAUGCAGCUGAUUAUUAUGCAUGGGGCGUUGACUACCUCAAGUAUGAUAACUGCUACAAUUAAGGCAGAAAAGCUGUUGAAAGAUACACCAAAAUGAGAGAUGCUUUGUUGGCCUAACCUAAACAAAUUUAUUACUCAAUCUGCAACUGGGGUGAGGAGGAUACCUGGAAAUGGGCUAAGGAUAUCGGCAAUUCCUGGAGGACUACCGGUGAUAUCAGCAAUUCUUGGAGUUCCAUGAGAGUCAAUUACCUUUAAAGUUCUCAACAUCCAGAAAUUGCUGGUCCAGGGGGCUGGAAUGAUCCAGAUAUGCUUGAGAUUGGAAAUGGCGGUAUGAGUCUGGUCGAAGAAAAAAGUCAUUUCGCAUUGUGGGCUUUUGUAAAAUCUCCUUUGAUUUUAGGGUGCGAUCUUACAAAGUUAUCCACAGAUUAAAUUGCUAUCAUCUCAAAUCAAAACAUCAUUAAGCUGAAUCAAGAUUCACUAGGUCAGCAAGCUAAGUGCGUACAAGGAUGCAAUGGAAACAUCGAAGUUUAUCAAGCAUAUCACAAUGACCUUGGUGGAUACUACGGUCUUUUAGUUGUCAACUGGUCUGAUUGGUUCUCUCAAUCAAUUGAGAUUGAUUUCUUAGUUGCUGGAGUUACCAAUAAAGCUAAUGAUACUUGCAAAUUGGUUGAUCUCUGGACUGGCCAAGUUAUUGGAACAUUCACAUCUAAGUAUUACGCCUCUGGUAUUGCAAUUCAUGAUCACUUAGCUCUCAAAGUUACUUGCUCAACCACCGCUUCCAAAGUUUAAAACAGAUAUCAAGUUAAAUAUACAUGA